GCAGGCAGUGCGUUAGGUUCGACUGUAGAAUAGAAUAACUAGGAGAAUAUACAGGAUGGUGGGAUAAUGUAUGGAGACCGCACGUGAAUGUGAUGUCAAUACGUAAACAUUACGCUACGAUAUUUUUAAACUUGAUUCGACAUUCGUUAUUAAUAUAAUUUAGAAAUCGUAACCAAGCAAGUCUGCAAAUAUGAUUGUACGGAGGAAAAUCCUACCAAAAGCUAUUGGUGAUUUCGUUUCAGUGUCAUUUUUACUGAUAAUAGUGCCAUUGAUCUAUUGGUUUGAAUUGUGGGUUGUUUUACCUCAAUUAUAUCAAACAGGAUCAGUACCAUACACCCUUCAUUUUUGCUUAGGAACAUUCAUUAUGGUUAAUAUAGUUGGUAAUUUUACGUACACAGUAUUAUGUGAUACUAGUAUCAAUCAAGUCAUGAUAUCAACAAAUGAAGCGAGUAUUAAAGAAGGCUGGAGAUUUUGUACAGUGUGUGAAACUAUAGGUCCUCCUCGGUCUUGGCAUUGUAACACUUGCAAUACUUGCAUAUUGAAGAGAGAUCAUCACUGUCUUUUUACAGCAUGCUGUGUUGGAUAUCAAAAUCAUCGAUACUUCUUAAUGUUUAUUUUUUAUCUGUUUGUCUCAACUGUAUAUUCAGUUGUUUAUAAUAAUUAUUUUAUAUGGAGCCAAAUAGAGUUUGAAUUCCCAAUGACAAUUAUUAAACUAGUUUUUCCAGUAGCUAUAUUUAUUUUUGGAUUUGAUGGUUCGAUAAAUCAAUUCUACUUGAUGUUAUAUAUUGUUACUGUGAUAGGAAUGUUAUUUACAGGUGCUCUUUUCUUUUAUCAUUUCAAUCUUGUCUUUACAGGAUGUACUCCAAAUGAAAGGAAUAAAAAUAAUUAUAUUUAUAAUUUGGGUUGGAAGCAUAAUAUUAUUGAUGUGUUUGGGGACAAAUGGUAUUGGACAUGGGUUCUUCCUUAUGUUCCAUCUAAAUUACCACAAGAUGGAAUAAUUUGGAAAAGAAAUAGUGAAUGGAGUAUGAACUGUAGUAAAUCAAAGUAAAAUUUAACUAACAACUUUGUUAUUGUUAAGUGUCUAUAAGUAUUGUAUAGAUGACUGAAAUAGUUAUUUUAAAAAUAGGACCAAUUAAAAGUCUAGAAUUGAAAUAAAACAGAAUAAUGUAAACUUUAUUAAAUUUAUAGACAAACUAUUCAAAAUAAAUUAAUUAUACAAUACAUAUAUUGUAAUAGCAACAGUUUGUAUCUGUUGACACACACACACACACAUAUAUUUAUAUAUAACGAAAUUGUGGAAAAUGAAAAUUAAAUGCAUACAGUGUGCUUAUGCUUUAUGUAAAAAAUAUUUUAAUAACUAUUAUUGAGAUUUUUGUUAUGAAUGAAGAAUGUUUAUAAAUGUACUUUUCUAUUAAUAUGUAAAUUUCUAUACUACAUGAAAAAAUUAUAACAUCGAAUUAGUCAAUUAUUGUAAUAAAUUUGAUAUACAAAUAUGUAUAACUAUGACAGCACAUUUUUGCAUUGCUGAAGCAAUGUUUUUUAUUACUGAAAUUAUGUAUAUCAAACCGAAUAA